AGUGAAAUAAUUUUUCAUUAGGUUAGAAAAUUGUUUCUUUAUUUGAGGUUAUCAUUUUCGUGGUUAGAUAAAAAGUUUUCAAGGUGUGAUGAUAUUAAACUACACCUUUUUUAUCCAUCUCAUUGUUUUCGAUUUGUGGAUUUGUAAAGAAGAGAAAUUUUCGUAUAUUUUUACGACUUUUUAAGGUCUAAAUUCAUUGUAAGGUCUAAAUAAACUCAUUUUUUGGGUUAACGGUGUGACUAGUGAGCAUUUAUUUUUUGAUCAAGCUGAAAUAUGGGGCUGUCUUUGGGAGAAUGUUCCGUGAUGAAGGAGAUAUCAAAAACUGAAGAGGCAAUUAAGGCAUGUUACGUGAGGGUGCAACUCUUGGAAAAAAAGAUUGAAUCUGAUGAAAUUCCUAACUCAAAAAAAAACAACAUGAAAAAAGAAUUACUCGAAGUUCGUAAACUUUUAACCACGAAUGAAACCCAACUUUCCCAACUUCAUGGCCACAAUCGAAAAUCGUUUGCAUUUGUAGCUGCAUUCUGUCUUGUUUGUUUUACAGUUUAUGCUUUAUAUAUUUUAGUCCAGGGUCCAGAUUUUUAAUAAAACAAUUCAUUAUCCUG